AUGGCGGUCCCCAGCCUCGCCUGCUGCCUGCUCGGCCUCCUGGCGCUGACCUCCGCCUGCUACAUCACCAACUGCCCCGUGGGCGGCAAGAGGUCGGUGCGGGACUUGGACGUGCGCAAGUGCCUCCCCUGCGGCCCGGGGGACAAGGGCCACUGCUUCGGGCCCAGCAUCUGCUGCGGGGACGAGCUGGGCUGCUUCGUGGGCACGGCCGAGGCGCUGCGCUGCCAGGAGGAGACCUACCUGCCGUCGCCCUGCCAGUCGGGCCAGAGGCCGUGCGGGGACGAGGGCCGCUGCGCCGCCAGCGGCAUCUGCUGCAGCCCGGACGGCUGCCGCACCGACCCCGCCUGCGACCCCGAGGCCGCCUUCUCCCAGCGCUGA